AUGGAAUCUAAUAUUAUCAAAUUUGGAAAUUUUUCAAAAACACUUAAUUAUCCUAAUUUAGAUACAGGAAAUGAUAAUAGUCCACAUAAGGCAAAAAAUGAAACACAUGAUAUUUUCUAUAUCUAUAUUGCCUUUUCUAUUAUUUCUUUUAUUGCUCUUUUACAACUUUUUUCAGAUUGUAUUCUGGAGAAAUUACAUGAAGAGCAACAAUGUUAUUCAAUGAAGCUAGAAGAAAAGAAAGAUGAAAUGGAAAAUAAUGAGAUAAAGGAAUUAGAAAAUGGAAACAAAAAGAAAGGAAUAAAUAAUGAAGAGGAAUGGAAGAAGAAGGAACGAAUUAUAUGGAUGCAGAAAACGGGGGAAGAGUGGGAAAAAUGGAAGGUUUGGAUAGAAAAUGAGAAAAGAAAGUGGAUUGUAGAGAAUGAGGAAGAAUGGAAUAAGUUUCUAGAAAAGGAAAAAAAAGAAUGGAUGAAUUGGAAAGACACAAUAAAGGAUGUAUUUGCUUAUGGUGAAUGGGAAGAAUGGAUGAUAUGGGGGGAAAAAGAGUGGGAAAAAUGGAUGGAAACAGAAUGGACAUAUUUUAUGAAAAAGAAUUUGAAAGAAUGGAUAGAAUCACAUGAACAACAUUUGAUGAAUCAGAUCAAUGGUGAGUGGAAAAAAUGGAAGAAUAAGAAAUUGGUGGAGUGGUUAAUGAAAGAAUGGAAGCAAAAGGAAGAUGAUUACUGGGAGAAUUGGGAAAAAAAAAAAUGGAAGAAAUUGAUUGAGAGAAAAAAUAGGAAAAAGUGGUUGAAGUGGAAGGAAAGAGUAUAUUGGGAAAAGAAAGAGUGGAAAAAUUGGAUAGAGACAAAAGAGAAGGAGAUAGAGAAUCAGACUAAGUGGAAUGAAUGGAUAAAAUGGAAACAAGAAAGAUGGUCAUAUUUGGAGGAGUGGAUGAAGUUAAUUGAAAGACAAUGGUUAAAUGAACAAAGGUGGAAAGAAUGGAUGGAGAUGAGGAAAGAACUAAAUAGAGAAAAAAUAUAUGUUGGAGAAGUGGAUGGAUAA